AUGCGGAUGUCAGGAUGUCUCGAACUUAGUUGUACGUCGAUCUCUUCUGGUCUACCCAGUUUGUUUCGCCGCACCUAUACACGCCUCCUCCUCAUUGGUCUCGUGAUUUACUUGUACCUUUCCUUGUUUUGGAAGCUGCACGGUGUACGACCCCAGAACAUCCAGACUGACUUCCUAAGGCCACUGCUUGAUCAUGGCCGGCAAUCCCUGGAAUGGACUCAUUCAGAUCAGCCUAUUCGUCGAUAUAGUGGUGACCAUGACUUGGACAUUGACGGUGUUUACAUCUUCAAACGAGAGCUAGGAUAUGGUUACGAGGGAAGUGCACGGCUGUAUGAAAGCAAGGACACUGGCGAAUACGUAGUGAUCAAGACCUAUUAUUCCAACCGCUUUCGGGACCAACUUCCCGACAGUCUAUCAGACUGCUUUUUGCACAAAAUCACUUCAUGGCCGACGGAAAUCCCAGCAGGUCUACUCAUGUCUGCCAUAUUCACCGUUGUACCCUCACCAGACUCGCAGACGUGGAGCCACGUACCCAUGCUCGACUACUUCCUCGCCCACACAGGAUCUUAUUUCUCGAGCCCAAAAUGGCACUAUGUCACCCCUUAUAUCCAGCAUGGCACGCUUGUCAACCUCAGCCAGGUAGCAGGAUCGCGAAAUUUCGUAAGUUUGGCAAGCCUCGACCAGGCCUGGCGUCCCAGCUUCAACAAGCUACUUUCGACCCUUGCAACUCUCCACGACGCCGGAUACUGUCACGACGAUAUCAAGCCGGAUAAUGUAUAUAUUGCCAACGCCACGCACUGGCUGCUCGGCGACUACGGCAACCUCCGCGAGAUCAAUCAUCAAGAACCAGUGGGCGGACUGCCAGUUGAAUGA